AUGAAAAUUAUAUUUAUAUUUAUUUGUUUUAUAUAUGUUUGUUUAUGUAGUAAUUAUUUAAUAAAGAAACCAAUUGUUUCAAGUUACCUCCCAGCAAUUAGUAGUGGAGGUGAUGUAUCAUUUUAUGGGGAGUUUGAACAUUAUAAAAAUAUUACCAUUACAAUUGGUAAUGAAUUUUGUAAAGUUCAAUAUAAUAAUAAAUAUCAAAUUAUAUGUUUUAUAGGUACACUAAAUAACAAUAAAAGAUAUGAUGUAAAUUUAGUUACUAAUAACAAAUCAUGGUAUGCUAAAAACUAUUAUACUCCUUAUGUUAACGGCUCCACUUGUAUAAAUGGUAACUCUCUUUCAUGUAUUAAUUGUUUCGAAGGAUGGGUUGGAGAAAAUUGUGAUCAACUAAAGCCUCUUAAUAUUUCAUCAGUUCCCGAUGUUUCUCAUUUUGGUGGUUACUUUUAUGCAAAUGGUUUCUUUGGUUUAAAUCCAGAAGCAUUAAUAGUAUAUAUUGGAAGCAAUAAAGCAAAUAUUACAUUUGAUUCAUAUGAUAUUAUAGGAGGGAAAAUAUUACCAGGGGAAGGGUACCAUGAUAUCAAUAUAUACAACAAAAUAAAUAAUCAACUAAUAUUCACAGGAAGAGAUAUGUUUUAUUAUAACCCAAAGCUAUGUUUAAAUAAUUGUUUAGAAAAUGGAUGGUGCAACAAUGGAACUUGUAGUUGUUACAAGCAUUGGUAUGGAAAUGAUUGCUCCAAAUAUAACUACAGUAUUACAAUAAAUAGAAACUUUCCACAAAAUAUUUAG